UAUCCUCGGCGCUCAAUUCGGCAAUCGAGACGCCAGCUCGCGACCUCGAUGGGUAGCUCACUCCUCACACUAUCAGACAGUAACUCAAGAUGGUCAAACCAUUGAGUUUUAAAGGCGACAAGAAACAAAAGAAAAGGAAGCGCGCCGAUGCCGGCGAGGGAACAGGGCAAGCACAAGAUGACAACCCGGAGCGGCAGCUGAAGGCGCCUAAAGCGGACGAUGCCGACGCCAACGCCAACGCCGACGAAGAUACCGGCGAGGACGACAGCUGGGUUUCGGCUGAUGUCGUGAGCGACAUCUCGGGCCCCGUCAUGUUUGUCCUCCCGAGCGAGCCGCCAACGGCAUUGGCCUGCGAUGUCACCGGCAAGGUCUUCGCCUCGCCCAUCGAGAACAUCGUCGACGGCAACCCGUCGAGCGCCGAGCCCCACGACGUGCGCCAGGUCUGGGUCGCCAACCGGAUCGUGGGCACCGAGCACUUCCGCAUCAAGGGCCACCACGGGAAAUACCUCUCCUGCGACAAGAUCGGCCUCCUCACCGCCGCUUCCGACGCCGUCACCCCGCUCGAGUCCUUCACGCUCCUGCCCACCGCCGACACGCCGGGCACCUUCCAGAUCCAAACCUUGCGCGACACGUACCUCUCCAUCCGCGCCCCGCGCUCGGCCAAGGCCAACGCCCCGCCCGAGGUGCGCGGCGACGAGACCGACAUCACCUUCAACUCGACCCUGCGCGUGCGCAUGCAGGCGCGCUACAAGCCGCGCCUCAAGGCGUCCAAAGAGGAGAAGGCGCGCGAGAAGAUCAGCCGGCGCGAGCUGGAGGAGGCCGCAGGGAGGCGGCUGGAGGAGGACGAGGUGAAGCUGUUGAAGCGGGCGAGGAGGGAGGGGACCUACCACGAGGCAUUGUUAGAUAUCAAGGUUAAAAGCAAGCAUGACAAGUUUGGAUGAGGGAAUGGGAAGAUCACAGGCUAAGAUAGAGAGCGAUCGAUGUUACAAAUAUGACGAUACCCUUUUCAGAUAUUGAU